AAGGGUUUUAGGGUUUAAGAGCGUUAUAGAGUCGGACUGAGGGUAUUCACUUUAAGGGUUUACUCAUUUCGCGUUCGAGGAGUGAGUUGUAUUAGAACCACUGCCGCUCGCCGGAGUUGCUUAAUCUACUAUGUGGGCUCUUCGUCGAGUUUCUAACCCCCUCAAGGGAUUGAGCGGAGGAAUCUCCCGAGCUUGUUAUUCUAAAUCAAAAAUAUUAUCUGGAUAUAGAGAUUUCAAGGUUAUCGAUAUCAUUGCUGAGUGUCCUCAAGUAGAGUCUGUUGUAUGCCAAGUGGGUUACACAGAUGAUGUUUGUUCAAACUUCCCUUUUGGGAGACGUGCUCUUUCUUCGCAAGCUGGUGCGGAGACCAGCGAAAGCGAAAGCGAAAGCGACUCGGAAGAUGGAUUCUCUGAACUUGAUGCACCAGCCACCGCUGAUCCAACUAAGGAUGAGGGUGAAGUGAUUUCUGAACCAGAUCUAUCCGACAAUGAAAGUAUUGACGAGCCAUCUCAAAAUGAACUGGAAUUAGCAGAAACUGAAGCAGAGUUGGGUGAAAAAGUAGCAUCAAGAAAAAAGGAUGGUUUGGAACUCUUUAAGGCCAUCAUUGCUGCUCCAGGUUUAUCUAUUCAAAGUGCUCUUGAUAAGUGGGAGGAGGAAGGAAAAUAUUUGGGUCGGGAAGUGAUCGCAUUUGCCAUGCUCAAUUUGCGGAAACGUCGAAUGUAUGGAAGGGCUUUACAGCUCUCUGAGUGGUUAGAGUCAAAUAACCGUAUCGAGUUUAACGAGAGAGACUAUGCUUCUCGCCUCGACUUGAUAGCCAAGGUGCGUGGUAUCCAGAAGGCAGAGAGCUAUAUCACAAAGAUUCCACAAUCCUUUAGAGGGGAAGUGAUCUACCGCACCUUGUUGGCUAACUGUGUUGGUGACAGCAAUGUUAAGAAAGCAGAGGAGGUGUUCAACAAGAUGAAGGACUUGGGUUUCUCAAUCACAACGUUCGCUUGUAACCAGUUACUCCUACUCUAUAAGAGGGUUGACAAGAAGAAGAUAGCGGAUGUAUUAUUAUUAAUGGAGAAAGAAAAUAUCAAGCCUACUCUCUUUACUUACACAAUCCUAAUUGACACCAAAGGCCUAUCAAAUGACAUUGAUGGGAUGGAUCAAAUUGUGGAGACGAUGAAGGCCCAAGGCAUUGAACCUGAUAUUCAGACACAGGCUACCUUGGCUAAGCACUAUGUCUCUGGCGGUCUCAAAGAAAAAGCUGAGGCUCUUUUGAAAGAGAUGGAAGGAGGCAACUUAAAGGAACAUCGAUGGGCUUGCCGGGCUUUACUUCCUCUCUAUGCAGUACUUGGAAAGGCUGAUGAAGUUGGGAGAGUUUGGAAGGUCUGUGAGUCAAAUCCCAGACUUGAUGAGUGCAUGGCUGCCAUUGAAGCCUGGGGAAGGCUGAAGAAAAUUGAUGAAGCUGAAGCAGUUUUUGAGAGGAUGUCAAAGACAUGGAAGAAACUCUCUUCCAGACAUUAUACUUCAUUAUUGAAGGUUUAUGCAAACCACAAGAUGUUGACCAAGGGGAAGGAUCUGGUCAAGCGCAUGGCUGAUAGCGGAUGUCGUAUUGGCCCAUUCACUUGGGAUGCACUUGUAAAGCUCUAUGUGGAAGCAGGAGAGAUUGAAAAGGCUGACUCUAUCUUGCAGAAAGCAACGCAACAGAGCCAGAUGAAGCCAAUGUUUAGUUCCUACAUGACCAUUAUGAAUCAAUAUGCUAGGAGGGGAGAUAUCCAUAACGCGGAAAAGAUGUUUCACAGGAUUAGGCAAGCUGGGUAUGUUUCUCGACUUAUGAUGUUCAACGCUCUAAUUCAGGCCUAUAUUAAUGCCAAAGCUCCAGCAUAUGGAAUGAGAGACAGAUUGAGGGCGGAUAACAUAUUCCCGAACAAGGGUUUGACGGCACAACUGGCUCUGGUUGAUGCAUUUAGAAAGACACCGGUGUCGGAUUUGCUGGACUGAGAUAUUUAUUUCCUGUUGGACAAGUUAAAUGACUUUUGUGUCAACGUUUCUUUUGAACAUUCCCUGCAUUGCAAUUCUGCAUAAUAUUUAGGUUCAAUGUUCUUGAAUUUUCUGUGCUCAUCUUUUAUGUUUCUUGUAGUUGUUUGAACGGUUUAUGCUUCAUAAGAAUCUUUAAGCUGCAAGCUCCUAAUUCUGCUUGUUAUCCACUCUCUAUAUGCAUCAUUGUUUUGAUGUA